AUGACGUCUAAAUUCUCCUCCUCGAACAACGCCGUUCGACGCAUCUCUCAAGAGGUGAAAGAAUUCCUCGAGAGCGAAAGGCAGAUGGAAGAUGGAACCGACGACGACCAACAACAGGAGAAGGACGGGUCGAUGAUGGUGGAUAACAACGCGUUUGCCACGUGGGCGGAACCGCUGGAGGACGAUAUUUUUGAGUGGCACUUUGCGAUAUACGGCGCGGAAGGUACGCGAGAGAGGAGAGAUGCUCUUCGUUGUCGUCUGUUUGUUCUUCGUGUUUGUGUGUUUGUGCUUCUUUCUCUCUCUGUUGUCUUUCGCUGUGUUGGCGGUUACGCGCCGAAUACUCACAUGCAAUCUCUCUCUCUCUCUCUUCCCCCGCCCCAUAAUCAAAUAACAGGCACUGCGUUUGAAGGCGGCAUAUACCACGGUCGCAUUUUACUCCCGGUGGAGUACCCGUUCAAACCGCCAAACUUUAUGCUCUUGACGCCAAACGGCAGAUUCGAAACGUUGACGAAAAUCUGUUUGUCGAUUACGUCGUACCACGCGGAACAUUGGCAACCGAGUUGGUCGGUGAGGACGGCGUUGACGGCGAUUCGAGCGUUUAUGGUGACACCGAGCGAAGGCGCGUUAGGUGGGAUUGAUUUUAGUGAAGAGCAAAGGAGAGAACUCGCGGAGAAGAGUCGAGCGAAGGAGGUUAAUUUUACCUUUGGGAGCGAAAAGAGAAGAGAAGUCACGAGACUGGUACACGAGAAAAUGUUAGGACGAAUGGGAAAAGCGAAACAAGCGGCGAGGAAGAUGGCGAUGGAGAAAAGAGAAAGGGAAGAAAAAGAUGCUCGGGAGAGGAGUGAUGGUGGGAACGGAACGAACGCCGAGGCGCCGACGACAUCCACGGCUACGCUAGAACAACAACAACAACAACAACAACAACAACAAACACCAUCACCUGCUCCUUCGCCUCGAAACGCCGCCAAUAACGAGAACAACGAGAACGACGACGAUGUACAAAGACAAAGAAAUAGUAGAACAACGCAAACAACCACGCGCGGCAUCGAGCGGAGACCCGCCUCGCCAGAACAACAACAACAACAACAACAACAACAACAACGACAACAAAGAGACCCCGAUCAUCGGACUUCAGCUAUAAAACUUCUCGACUCCAUCUCCGUGUGCUUAAUCGUCGCCAUCGUCGCCAUCUUGUUGAAGAGGUGCAUGUGGAUACCUCCUUCGUUGUGA